GGAAGACAACUCUCCAUCUGGAUCAAGUCUCCGAGUGAGCAGCAGCAGCAAGCAAGGGAAGGCGGGCUAGUCUGGAUUACAGCAGGGCAAAAGGAGCCCAACCCCAUCUUGGGGCCAGUAGUCAUGACAAAGGAGCCCAGAGGCACAAAGAAAGUGUAGCUUCUGAGCUGAAUGAUGACAACAUUGCAGAGUAAAGAAGAAUGUGGGAAGGGGCCAAAGAAAACCUUUGCCCCACCUUCACAAAAAUUGCAUAGCUUGAUGUGCUAUAGCCCUAACCCACCCAAGGAGGAGACCCUGGAGAUCAGUUCCCCAAAGGCCAGGUCAGAGAAGAAGGAAGAGAAAGCAACCACAGAAAAUGGUCCAAGCGGUGGCCAGGAGAAUAAAGGAAAGCCUCAAGACAAGCAAGCAGUGAAGAAAGAAAAGGAAAGAGCAAGUCUCACCAAUGCAGAAUUUGAGGAGAUUGUCCAGAUUGUGCUACGGAAGUCCCUCCAGGAGUGCUUGGAUACUUCCUAUGCCCAGCCCAUAAGAUGCACCCAAUUAGACAAGGAACCAAGAAUUGCUUCUUCUACUGUUAAUGACAAUGCUGAUGGAGAGAGGGUAAUGGCACCACAUAUUCUAGAGAUUUCAGCCACUGAGGAAGCUGGAGUAACCUCUGUGAUAAAGAGAUCUAAGCCAGGCCAGCCGGAUCCUGCACCCUCUGAGAAGAAAUUCAACAGAUCUUCCCUAAGCAAAGGAAAGAAGGGAGCUCAAGAUGAGAAAAUGGAAAAGGCCCAAAGUGGACAUGAGCAGAGACAGAAAGACCAACUGAAAAAACCAGUUCAAGAUGAUUCUCAGACCAGAAACCAACAAAAAGGAGAAGGCGGUGGUUUUGGUCAAUGCCUCGUCUGGGUCCAGUGUUCCUCCCCAAACUGUGAGAAGUGGAGGCGGCUUUGUGGGAACAUUGACCCCUCAGUGCUUCCUGAUAAUUGGUCCUGUGAUCAGAAUACAGACUUGAGGUAUAAUCGCUGUGACAUCCCUGAGGAGUCCUGGACAGGGCGUGAGAGUGAUGUGGCCUAUGCCUCCUACAUCCCAGGAUCCAUCAUCUGGGCCAAGCAAUACGGUUACCCCUGGUGGCCAGGCAUGGUAGAAUCUGAUCCUGACCUGGGGGAAUAUUUUCUUUUUGCUUCUCAUCUUGAUUCCCUGCCGUCUAAAUACCACGUGACAUUUUUUGGAGAAACAGUCUCUCGUGCUUGGAUCCCAGUCAACAUGCUAAAGAACUUCCAGGAGCUGUCCCUGGAGCUAGCUGGAGUGAAAAAGUGCAGGAACAAGGACUGCAACCAGAAGCUGGGAGCUGCCCUGAUGAUGGCUCAAGAGGCAGAACAGAUCAGUAUACAGGAACGGGUUAACUUGUUUGGUUUCCGGAGCCGAUACAAUGGAUCUGACAGUAGUGGGGAAGGAAAAGACUUAAGUCUUUCUGGGGCUAACAGCCCAGAUUCCUGCAUGGAGGAAGAGUCAGAGUUGGAGGCGGAGGAGUUGGAAAAGGAGGAAGAGAAAAAAGACCCGACUUUGCCCAGUCCCAAGUCAGCCAAAAUUCAGACCAAAAAACCCAAGGCAAGAGGCCUAACAGAUGGACAAGAUGUGACCCUGCAAAAGAAGACAAUGAAGAGAGCUCUGGGAAAUGAAUCUGCAGCCCCUCCUGUACCCAUAAUAGGAAGGAAAGAAGGGCGUGGGAAAUCGGAACCUGACCAGCCAGGCCCUAAGAAAAAAUUUAAAGCUCCUCAAAGCAAAGCCUCAGGAACCAGCUUGUCUGCGGACAAAGAAGCUAGUAUGGUGCCCAAGGGCCUGACCCCACCAGCUCAUCGCAGGGUCUGUCCUGUGGGAGGGAAAGAAGGCUGGAAGUGUCCUCCAGAGGCUGGAAGUGUCCCCCCUGACGAUGACACCUCCAGUGACCUGGACCUGGAGCAACUCCUAGAAGAUGUUGGAAGAGAGCCGGAGCAGCUGGAGGGGCCGCGGUGUGGAGAUGACCCUGGGGAGUUCACCUUGGCCUUCUUCGAGGAAUAGCUGUGUGCACCUGCCUCCCUGCUGCUCUCUCACCCCCUUCCCUGCCAGCAGCAGGGAGAGCCCCUCAGAGGGUCCCUGAGAGGCUGCUAAGGGUGGGGCUUGUUCAUCGGCUACAGGUCACCUGGCUGAAGUCCCAGCUGUGCAGUUUCUGUGUUAAUAAAACAGGUUACGGCUUUCCGCAA